AUGGAACUUUCCGGAUCGAAAAAUCUAGAAGAACAGACACCAUUACGAGAAGGAAAUGGUCCUCAUCGUUAUAUUCCAGCUGGUGUUGGUGUUGCAUUUGGUUCUAUACAUUUUCUUAUAACAAUAUUGAUUGCUUCAGUUAUUCCAAUUUUACAACUGAUUAUUGGGUGGUAUUACAAAGAUCAAUGUAAAAUUAAUCAAAACAUUCCAACAUAUCUGAUUGUCUCUGGAAUCUGUGGUUUGAUAUUGGUCGUUUUGUGUAUUUUAAUGGCAUUAACAUUUUUAUGUUUUCUAAAUAAUUCCGUAGUUAUGUCUAUAAUAGCUUCAUGUGGCAUUUGUAUGAAUUUGAUGGCUACGACGGUACUAAGUAUAUUCAUAUUUAUAUGGUUUAUUAUUGGAUGUGUAUGGAUAUUUAGUGUAAGAAGCAAAGUUGAUUUUUAUGAUAAGAAUUCGAAAUAUUAUUGUCAGCGCACAUUGUAUCUAUUUGCAUUUUGGUUAUUAAUUGCAACAUUUAUCAUGAUGGGAAUCUCGUGUUGUAUCAACUGUUUUAAAUCACGAAAAACGGAAACACAACGAAUACCAUAA